AUGAAGAUCAAUGGUGUUGGAAGAUACAUAAGAAAGAUUCUCCCACUAAUUUCAAUGAUGCGUACAUCUUCUUUCACAACGAUUCAAUCGAUUCUCCCUUCUACGACCUCGAAUCCAGAUACAAUUUCUCUUUCCAUGAAUACGGCCGCCCCUACAACUCCCCUCCAACACCACGAUCACCUUCACUACAACCACUAUUUGCAGCUACCGCCACAUUCCCUUGUUGCAACCAAUGCCACCACUACCUUCACAACCACCAUUUUCACUUGUCACCAUAUUCCCUCCGCCACUAACCACAAUCAUACACGCGCAACACCACCAAUUCCAGCGUUUGAUUCGCCACCCUCCAUAACCACCACAUUCAAGAUCUUGUUUUUGAUAUCAAAGGAUUGUAUUCAGGUCUCCACCACCCGAGGUUGCCAUGUAUAUAUCUACCAAUGA